UCGCCUCUGAAACGCGCGUACGGGCAGGCGAUUCAGCAGCUCGCCCGCCAACACGUCUAUCAUAUUGAUAAGGUAGACUUCCUAUCUACGUACAAGCAGGUUAGGGAUCAAGCUAUUACAGAGAAGAACAUUCAGGCUGGGUUUCUAGCUACUGGGCUUGUGCCAUACAGCCCUGAGCGCGUCUUAUCCUCCCUACCUAUCGUCUGAACGCCUUCACCCUGUCAGCUAGUAGGCAACGCAGAGGGACAGUGGACAGCUGAGACGCUGCAUACAGUAGAUUAGCUCCAGAAGCAGGCUUAGCAUAUCCAGGACCUGCUUCGCCGACAAUCACAGAGCCCUACUAAUCAAGCUAUCCGCCAGCUUGUAAAGGGGUGCCAGCUUGCUAUGCACUCAGCUACUAUCCUUGUAGAGGAGAAUACAAGGCUUCAGGCAGCUGUACAGCGUAAAGAGCGUAAAAAAAGGCAGCGCCGACAGUAUAUUGCCCGUAGAGGAGCUCUACAGGCUCAGGAAGGCCAGAGGCUAGCUACAGAGGCUGAUAGGGUAGUCUAA